AUGGCCGGGCUGGUGGGGCCAGCAGCAGCCCUGGUCCUUCUCUGCCUGGCCGUGGGGCUGGAGGCCAGCCCAGAGCUCUCCGGGUAUCUGCGCAAGGUGCUGAGGAACCACACUGCCCACACCUGCGACGGGGAGCAGCUCCUCAUCGUCUGCCCUCGCAAGACCACCAUCAGCAUCCUUGGCGCCUUCUACGGGCGUCGUGUGCCGAGCCCCAACCUCUGCCCCAGCCCUGGCAAUGCCUCCCAGGAGAGCACCGAGUGCAUGUCCGCCACCGCCCACCUGAAGCUGCUAGCUGAGUGCCAGGACCAGCAGUGGUGCCAGUUCUCGGUGCACAGCCAAGUCUUUGGGCCAGACCCGUGCCCUGGGACACACAAGUACCUCAUCGCUUCCUACAAGUGCCGUCCAGGGAACCAUCGGGUCAAGACCGUGUGUGAGAAUGACAAGCUGAGGCUGCAGUGCCGACCAAAAUCCAUCCUGGCCAUUUAUUCUGCAAAUUACGGACGAUUCCUGCGGGGCAAACCGGAGUGCGAUGCCCUGAAUGCUGGGGGACCCCAUAUAGAGUGCUUGGCUCCGGAUGCCCUGCGGAGGGUGUCCAAGAAGUGCCACCGCAAGGGGAACUGCACCGUGUCUGCUGACCGGGCCACCUUUGGGGACCCGUGCCUCCCCGGCAUGAAGAAACAGCUGCGAGUCUCCUACACCUGCGUGCCCAAGCAGCUGCUGGAGGAGGUGGGCCCUGACACCUCGGACCCCUUCGUGCUCUCAGACUACAUGCAUGGUGGCUGGUACAAAGGGCCCAGGUUCUCCAGGCUCCGGGAAGACAGGAUGAUUUUUACUAGCUCUCUGGCAGCUUUUGCCCACCUUUGGGGCGUCCCAGAGAAAGUUGGCCUCUACUUUCUUUGCGGGGUCUCAGGCGGCCUCAUGCUCCUGCUGUGCAUCAUCAGCCCCAAAACGACCUUCCUCCAGGAGAUGGGGGAGGCUCUCAAAGACCCAGAGCUGGGGAGCAGCUCAGAGCUGAGCAGGACCAAGCUGCGGGAUGAACAGGAUGAAGACCUUCCUGACGACAGCUCCUCAGAUUCCUCCUUCCGCCGCCUCACCCGCACCUACCGGGCCACCGACAGCAUCUUCGGCCCUGAGCUGACAGCGGCCAUGGAGGGAGUAGUGGAGCGCCAGGGCCGUGGAGAGGAGGAGAUCUGGAUGCCCAAGGAGUCGAGCCCAUACGCCAUCCACAAGAUCAAAGCGGCCACCAAGUAA